CAAUAAUAAGACGCUAAUAACAUGGUUUAAUUAAAAUAAUCUAGUAAAUACAAUAUGAACAUAGCUUAAUCUACUCUAAUUAAGUUUAAGUUAUAGUGACGAAACAUUUGGGUUAAAAGUAUCCAUAAAUCAAUGCAUAUUAAAGGAUAUUAGUGAUGUGUUGUUAAAAGCCAGUGAAAGAAACUUCAAAUUUCAUGAAAUAACUAAAAAGGAGCAAUAAGCAGCAUAAAAUGGGAAGGAACGUACUUAAAUCAAGUCUAUUAAAUGCAUCAUUCUCGAUAUUCUUUCAAAUAUUUUGUCGGGCAAUAACAUUUGCCAUAAAUGCAUUCAUUUUAAGGAGGGUGGAUCACAAUGUUUUGGGAAUUAUGAAUGUACGACUGCUUCUCUUAGAAAGUACCUUACUGUUUUUAUCAAAAGAGUCUAUAAGCAGAGCAGCAUUGUCGUCAACAACACAACAUAAAAACAAGUGUUCAUGGUCACAGCUAAUUAAUCAAAUGUGGAUAACAGUUCCAAUGGCUGCAAUUUUAUCAAUUCCAUGUCUUUAUGUUUGGUUGAAUGUGCUGUCUUCAGUCGGUGACGAUUAUCAGACUGCAUACAAAUUUGGAUGUUAUGCAAUGGUUCUAUCGUGCAUUUUUGAACUGACAGCAGAAGCACCGGCAUUUGUUGCUCAAGUUUUCUGUUUUGUUAAGCUUAAAGUAGUCUUAGACACCCUUCACAUUUUUGUUAGAUCCGUUGUAUUUAUCAUUUUAGUCUUAAACAAUAAGAACAUAGCGAUUUAUGCUUUCGGAAUCGCACAAUUCACUAGUUGCUUAGUGAUUAUAGGAGGAAAUUAUGGCUUCUUUCACAUUUAUAUCCAACGAUUAAAAACUUAUCGGCACGUUUUGAAGAAACAUGACGACGAUAUUGACAAGGCUAGAGACGAAAUGGGACAAUAUUAUGAACACAUGAAUGACUUUCCUUUUAAUUCUGUGACUGAGAUGGUACCAACAGUGCUUAAAAAUCCUGGAAGUGCUUUUAAUUCUGAUCUCAACAAAUUAGUUUUAAGCUUUAUUAAGCAAGGAAUCUUAAAGCAAGUAUUGACUGAAGGCGAGAAAUACGUAAUGUCGAUAAGUCCAGUGCUGAAUUUUCAGCAGCAGGCUGUAUAUGACAUUGUAAACAAUAUGGGAAGUCUUGCAGCACGAUUCAUUUUCCGACCUAUUGAAGAUAGCAGUUACUUUUAUUUUACGCAAACAAUUGCACGAGAUAUUGCAUUAAAGGAACAAGAUAAAGACAAAGUCAAAGAAGCUAGUCAAGUAUUAAAGAAUGUAUGCAAAGGAGUCACUUCUAUUGGAUUAAUUGGAUUCGUCUUUGGACAGUCCUAUUCUGGAACUCUUUUAUUAUUGUAUGGAGGACAUGAUUUUGUUGAAGGUGGUCUUCCAGAAACGCUACUUCGAUGGCAUGCAUUGGCUAUAAUUCUACUUGCUGUAAAUGGAAUCACUGAAGGCUAUAUGUUUGCUACAAAUACUAGCAAGCAGAUCGAUAGAUAUAAUUAUUAUAUGGCAAUAUUUUCUGUAACAUUUUUAAUCCUGUCAUAUCAACUGACCAACUAUUUUGGAGCUGUUGGUUUUAUUUGGGCUAAUUGCUGUAACAUGGCUUUUCGUAUUGCAUAUAGCACAAAUUACAUUGCAAAGGAGUAUAGUAAUAUGCAAGCAAAUCCACUUGAAGGAUUGAUUCCUGGAAAAAUAUUUGGAUGUACGUUAAUUGUGGCUGGAAUCGCUUGUAAAUACUCUGAGUAUCAUCUGUUGCCGAAAUCAAUACUAUAUCAUAUUCUUGUUGGAGGAAUCUUCGUAUUUUUUACACUGUUUUCAUGGAUAGUUGAGAACAGAGAGAUUGCAAAGGUUGCGUAUGGAAAAUACAAGAAUAAGUCCAAGAGUGAAUAAAAUUGUUAUUAUAUGCAG